UUUAUUCGCGGGUGACGGUGGGGGGCGGCGGCGGGACCGACUGUCCUUUUUCAAAGACGGCUCGCUUGACGGCAGUCGGGACGGCGGCGGCGCGCGCCACUUCUUCUUGGAAGGGCCACGUAGCGGAGCAGAGGACGCCGGUUGUUCUCAGAGGAUUGUAACGCACUUUAGCACGUAAGGUUUCGCCCGCCCCUCCAUUUUGUUAACAAACACAAAUGACAGCACCGGCUUGUGUAAUAAAGCAAAUCUGGAGGGAGCGGAAAAAAAGUGCAACCCUGAAUCUGUGCAACUCUGAUUGCGCGGACGCCAGAAGAAGAAGGAGGUCGCUCUCUUGUCGACGGAGGUAAGCCAGCAAAACCGACAACAAAAACAGCGGUAAUUCACAGUAAAUGGCUGUUCAGGAAAGACCGGGGUCCUUUCAGCAGCGUCCAUCAGCUCUCCUUUGGUCACUUCAUAGUGUGAAGAAGUUAAGGUUGCACCCAGCUGGAGCCCUCAAAGGACUAAACCCGGAUUUAUAAAAGGAGAAUUCUAAACACAUGGAGCAAGAUUUGGGACAUUUUUUAUGUCUGUCCGACUGUUUUUCCUGCCUUGGACAUCAUGGAUGCUCUUUUUGAAUCCGGUUGACUGUCACUUGCCUCAUCCCCUCCUUCCUGUCUCGACAGUACGGGGGUGGGGGGUUGGCUCUGCAUCCCCUUCCCCUCCUUGCAGACAAAGCUAGUCCCGUUUGGCAUUAUUUAUUUAUUUUUUGUGCUCCCAUCCACUUCUUUAGGUCUCCAUGAAAUCCUGCCAGAGCCUAAAGGAGGAGGUUUCUGUUCCCAGCCUUGGCGGGAUGUCACAGGAGGAGGGGGGGCACAGGGCUCCGGUGUCCCAGACUUAUUUUCAUCCCUCCAGCCAAGACCUGGAGCUGACGGAGAAGGUGUACAAAAGGGAGGUUGGUGGUAAACCAUACUCUGUGUUAGUGGACACCAAAAUGGCGGCCCGGGGAGAUCACGGUCUGGGCCAGCUGUCCUCUCAACACACCCCCCCACAGCAGUACUUCAGAGAGGGACAAGAGGCGGGAACACAGGGGUCGCGUACGGGCAACGAAACGUCCUCUGAUGACACCGACAAUGAGGACGAAGACGAUGGAGAGGAGGAGGGCUACAAGCGUGAGCAGAUCAUUGUGGAGGUGAACCUGAACAACCAGACGCUCCACGUUUCCAAAGGAGACAACAAAACUGGAACCUCAGCAGACGACUCGGAGAGAGCUGGAACUGACGAAGAGGAUGACGGGGAAGAAGAAGAUGACGAGGACGAUGAGGACAGUCCUAUCGAACAAGAAGACGACGACGAUGACGAGGAAGAGCUCGGAAGCGAAAUAAUACGGUCCAAAAGAACCCGCCGAAGUGCUGGCGGCUUGUCCGCCACCAACCAGCCGCGGAGGAAAAGCCUCCGAACGUCUCUGAGUGCAACCGGUGCCGGAAUGACCACCAGGGGGCGACGGAAGCACAUCGAAACUCCAAAGAGCAAGCGAAGGUCAACCAGGGCAGCGCCCUCUCCUGCUGGCUCCGCAGCGGCGGGAGGGAAGACGGAAAUGGAGGAGAAAGAGAUGCUGGCCUGUGAGAAGUGUCCGAGAGUCUUCAACACGCGCUGGUACCUGGAGAAGCACAUGAACGUCACCCACAGGCGCAUGCAGAUCUGUGACAAGUGCGGCAAGAAGUUCGUCCUGGAGAGCGAGCUGGCACUUCACCAGCAGACGGACUGUGAGAAGAACAUCCAGUGUGUUUCCUGCAACAAGUCCUUCAAAAAGCUGUGGUCGCUGCACGAGCACAUAAAAAUCGUGCAUGGUUAUGCAGAGAAGAAGUUCUCAUGUGAAAUCUGUGAGAAGAAGUUUUACACAAUGGCUCAUGUCCGUAAGCACAUGGUUGCUCACACAAAAGACAUGCCAUUCACCUGUGAGACGUGCGGGAAGUCAUUUAAGCGCAGCAUGUCUUUAAAAGUUCAUUCUCUGCAGCACUCGGGGGAGAAACCCUUCCGCUGUGAGAACUGUGAUGAGCGCUUCCAGUACAAGUACCAGCUGCGCUCCCACAUGAGCAUCCACAUCGGACACAAGCAGUUCAUGUGCCAGUGGUGUGGGAAGGACUUCAACAUGAAGCAGUAUUUCGACGAGCACAUGAAAACACACACAGGAGAGAAGCCGUUCAUUUGUGAGAUCUGUGGGAAGAGCUUCACCAGCCGGCCCAACAUGAAGCGCCAUCGCCGCACACACACGGGCGAGAAGCCGUACCCGUGCGACGUGUGCGGCCAGCGUUUCCGCUUCUCCAACAUGCUCAAAGCCCACAAAGAGAAGUGUUUCCGGGUCACCAGCCCCGUGGUUCUGCAGACUAGUGGACCUCCCGUGCCUGUCCGCAUCUUUACAAAUGCCUUCUCCUCCUCUUCCUCCUCCGCCUCCGGCCCCGGGCCCUCCGCCGUCACCCCGCCCACCACCUCUGCAUCUCUGGCGUUGGGUCUCAGCCCGUCGGGAGGAUCCAUUUCCCCGCCGAGCGCCAUCGGACACACCUUUUCCCACGUGCAGCUUCACUCGGCCCCCUCCCUCCAUCAUUCCCAUCUGGCAACGACCCAGCAGCACCUGGCGAGCACGCCAUCCCACCAUCACCUGGCCGUGCCCCCUGUCUCCCACCUGCCCCCGCCCCCAGCUCUGUUUAAGAGCGAGCCGCUGAAUCACUGUGGGCACGAGGACAGCAGCUACCUGCAUCACAUGACCCCGCACGACAAGGGCCCCGGAGCGCCACAGCACCACUAAGCUGCUCACUUCGCCUUGUUCCUCAUCGUCGCUUAGCCCUUGUGUGUCUGCAACACGUGGAGAAGGAUCUGGAUGCAGACAGAGUCCAGUACUCUAACACUGUAGUGUUGAAGCUGCCGCUCACUGCGCUGCUUAACUAGAAAGAACUCAUUACUAAAGUAGUGACGCAUCUAUUCAGUCUGAGGAGGCUUUUUAUCGUCGACAUGCCUUUCUUCUGUCUAAUAGAUAAAACAAAUCUGUGAAUGUUAAUUCAAACUAAUCCUCCCCCUGGUGCAGAUGUUCACGUAAAACCUCAACAUUAAACCCAAAACCGUCAUCUUCAUCUGUCCGGACGGAUUUAUCAAAAGCUGCUGAUAGAAGACGACAUACGGAAUUGUUUAGCUCUUGUUGAUUCAAAGUUAGUCAGAACUUUCUGUGCAGGUCCUUCCCAUAGCAAUAUUUCCACCCGUCUGUCAGUUCUACCAAAACCUCUGGGCCCACAGAGAAGUGUCAUGAAUGUUUGUACCAGGUUCUACCUGAACGCCGAGGCUUUCCUUCAGAGGAGCGACAGCAGUAGUGCAAGAUGCAGUGCCAUAGGCUGGAGGGGUGGACGCGAAAAUAAUGUCAAACGAUCUGUUUUUUAUUUGAACCGAGACUGAGUUUGAGGUUCAUGUGGUUAAAGUGGUGCUUUCCAUUCCAGUAGAUAAUAUAUUUCUUCAUUUUUGCUUUCACCUUUUGACUUUUUAAAAAGUACGGAACUCUGGUUGCGCGGGAUCCGUUGCGCAGGAUCCGUUCCGGCUUUCCCUGCUGCAGUCGAGCGCCCCAAGCAAACGCAACUUUAAGCACACAAGCAAAACCCAGACCGCCGAGCCGCUGACGCCCCCCCGCCGGGAUCAGUGCCACCUCAAGCUUUCAGUACUGUUAGUUGUACAGUUACGGAUGAGAUACUGCCACUGUGAGGGGCCGGACACGUGGCCCCGUCAGGAUUUACCCCAACCUCCCUUCGCUGCUGUUCAAAUAAUACGGGUUUCCAUGUCAAAGGUCAUCCCACACACACACAGUCGACCCAACUGGGACCUUUUGUCAUUAAAAGCUCUUACUGGGAAAUGGUGCAUUUUCCUUUCAGCCUAUAUUCCACGGUUUGAGGAGUUUUUGACCCUCUUUGAUCCUACAGAGGAGCACGUGUCUAAAGCUCUUGAAUGUUGCCUAAGCGGGAACGUGUUCUCUGAUUAUUCACUCAGUUUGAAGCUAUUGAGUGGCUCAGUUUGUUAGCGCCUGAUAGGAACGGUCAGGAAAGGAAGAGGGGUCACAUGUGAUCAAAGCAGUGGUGUGAAUGGUGGCUUCCAUUUGGUGUGAAUGAUUCGCUCAGACUGGAGGAGUUUUAAGGAAAUGUGUGUUAUUUGCUCUUUCUACCAAAAGCUGCUUUUCCAGAGCGCCCCAUCAUCGGGGACGGACGUAACGGUAAAUCGGCCUCACUAGUUUCCGAUUGGAGAGCUGCGAUUAUCCUGCCAAUUCUGUGGGUCUUAAUGCUGCUGCAAUACUCGCUGGUUCCAGUCCUCUCUGGUUCUCUGCUGUGAUUCAGCAUUUUGCAGUAUGGAUCUUUACUUUUAUUUUUUUUUAAAGCCUUUUUCAUUUGUGUGUAUUCUCUGCACUUUACUGCUGCGUGGGUGGGGCGCAGGGAAAGGGGGGGUUAACCAUGCAUUGUGGAGCAGAGUGGCCGCAUGGGGAAGGGUGGAGGCGCUUACUUUUGAGUGGAUGUUUUUAGGCGAGGACGGAAGGAGAAUCACAGGUGGAGGUGGGUAGUGUGAAAGAGACCACAGCAAAUGAAGGACAUUUUCUUUUAGUUUUUUUCUUAUAUAUUUCAUAAAUAAUCCUUAAAUUCAAAUGAAAACGAUGCUCCUCCUCCUGCUUUGGCUUCUUGACACUAGCCCCUCCUUGCAAUGUCUUAAAGAAUUCUUUUUUUUCCGUUUGUUGGGGUAUUUUUUUCCAUCGUGUCCCGUUUGUUCGCAGAAUGAUUCUCCUCCUCCUUUCUUUGUGAUAUAGAAUGCACUUUCUACUAAAAUCCUUAAGUAGUUAAGUAAAAAAAAUAACAUUGUAUAUUCUUUAAAGAGGUUUUAAAAAAUCAUUAUACUUUCCCCUUUGUAUUUUUAACCACUUAAUGUAGCAUUGUGUAUUUUAUUAUUGUAUCUGGUACAAAAAAAAUGUGCAGCAUUAUAAUGUCCUGGUUUGUCUAUUAUUUUUUUUUGUAUGUUCUUUGAAAACUGAGGAGAGAAGUGAAAAAGUUGGGCCUUUUUUUGAUAAUGUACAUUUAACUGACUGCUAACUUUGAGAAGUAAACGAAAAGUAGCCAUGA